AGACGCCUGAAAGGGUGACCCCUCCUCUCCGCAGCUACAAAGUGAAACUAGCAAGCGCUGCCUGAAGUGAAACACUUCGGAAAAGAUCGAGGACAAUCAACAUAAUUUUUUGCUUUUUUGUUGUCGUUGUUUUGUCUUGCAAAGUUGGUGGUCUUUUUGGAACAGCUGUGAUCCAGUUCAACUUAUUUUGGGCUGCCGGGUGUCAGCCAUUUUUUCCGGCACCGCAAGAAAGGAGUUGAUGAAGGACUUACAUGCUUGUUUCUAUGGUAACGCUGUGCUUCCUGAGCCUUUGAAGGGACGGAUGGCAAGCCAAGCCAGCUGCAAGUCCAACAAGUCCAAGCCCUGUUCGCCAACGAGCAGCAGCGAGGGCAUGGCCCCUCCACCAAGAGCCAAUAAGAAGACGAUUGUGGACGACAUCAUCCUGACCUUCAGCUCGCCCAUGGCGUGGCUGCUGGUGGUGGCGUUGGUCAUUACGUGGUCGGCCGUGGCUGUCGUUCUCUUCGACCUGCUCGACUACAAAACCAUCGCAGGUCUCCCACCUCCCCCUGCCAUUGCCAAGCGAGGUUUGAAGGCCAGAGACAUAGGCCUGACUUGA